CACUCACACACAUUACAUGCAUGUGCUCUCGUAUACCAGUAGGGCAGCUGAGAUAAGGAAGUACACAGUGGACCUUUCUUGUCUGCUAAAUUUCACAUAUGCAGACUCACUGGCAAAACAUCUGCAUUCCCUUUAAUCUGAAAGGAAAUAAUCGAUUUUUAUUAUGAUUUCACCUUAUGCAAAGUGCACACUAGUGCUGUAAUCAAUCAGCAUGCACUUGGAUUUUUUUUUUUUUUUUGCUAUCUCUACAGAAAUGUUCAAUGUUCUUAUCCGAUUUAAGCCAUGAUGAUGUAUUUGUGAGGACAUGGCUGUAGUGCUAAAAGAGUUGUCGAAGCAGUUUGGUGUGUCAGAGUGUCAGAGACCUGGAAAUCUUAAGAACACUAAAAGUCAAGCAGGGGAAGAAAAGCAUAAUUACACCAAAUGCACAUCUAGACUGUACUGUCACCCUAAGCCAAAGAGCAGCAGAUGCAGAAUGGCCACAUGAGCGUCUGAUGCCAAAGCAAUGCUCCGCAGUGUCUUGCUGAAAUUUCCCAGAGUAAGAAAAAAGAAGUUAUCAAGCAACGGCGUCUAGUUUAAGUGAUACUGCUGCUGCUGCAUGUGUGAUUCCUGAAGUCUGUAGCACUUGACAUUGUUGGUAAUGUGACAAGGGGACAAACUGUGGGUGAUCUGAAGGGAAGAGGCACACGACUGAGGCAAUGAAUGCAGUGGAGAGCACUAAGCAGAGGCUGGGACAGAGCCGCACCAGCACUGAGCCGAGCUCGAGGAACAUGGGAAACCCCAGUACCAAUACUGAGAGCAGCUCCAGGAGCAUUGCCAACUGCAAUACCAGUGUGGAACAAGGCUCCAGGAACAUGCACAACUCCAACAACAGCAGCAAUGAGAGUUCGAAGAUCACAGGCAAGUCAAACAGCAAUGCUCAAAGGGGCUCCAGGUGCAACUUUAACACUAACACAGAGAGGGUCUCGAGGAACUCAGUAAACCAUAACUCUGGUGCUAACCAAGGGUCCAAGUAUAGGGUGAAUCCCAACACCAGUGCUGAGAAGGGCUCAAGAAACAUGAGCAACACCGACAGACAGGCCUCGUCAAAAGCAUCGGGCCAACCACAAAACAACAACGUCCUGCAGUUGAGGCUCCAACAAAGGAGGACAAGAGAGCAGUUAGCAGACCAGGGCAUCAUGCCUCCCCUGAAGAGUCCAGCUGCAUUUCACGAACAGAGGAAAAGUCUUGAACGCUCCAAGACUGGAGAUUAUUUAAAGCAUAAAAUCCGAAGUAGACCAGAGAAGUCAGAGCUGGUUAACAUGCACAUUCUACAAGACUCUGCCAGCGAGUGCCCCGCUCAUGACUCGCAGAGCAAACUUAAGCGUGCCCGACUUGCCGACGAUCUUAACGAGAAAAUCGCCCUGAGACCAGGUCCGCUGGAAUUGGUUGAGAAGAACAUCAUACCCGUAGAUUCAACUGUCAAAGAGGUUGCUUUAAAAGUGAAUAAUGCAAAGUUUCCAAAGCAAGAGGACUCAUAUGCAUUUGAGGAGGACAGCAGCAGUGAGAGCCUGUCUCCUGAACAGCCCCUUAGUGACGAGUCCCAGAGCUCAGCUGGACCUUUGGCAGAGAGCAAGGCAUGUGGUGGCAUUCCAUCCCCAUCACUGACCACAGGCCUCACACAGGGGUCACAAACCAGAGAAUCGACUGUUCAAAACCAAGAAGAAGGUCAGCCUGUGACAAACAGCCAGACAGGUCCACCCAUUCCUGUCCCUGCAAUAAUAAAGUCCAAAACGUCAGACAAGAAUCGUCAUAAGAAGCCCAAAGAUGUUAAGCCAAAGGUGAAGAAGCUGAAGUACCACCAAUACAUUCCGCCAGACCAGAAAGCAGAAAAAUCUCCUCCUCCAAUGGACUCAGCCUAUGCCCGGCUACUACAGCAGCAGCAGCUCUUCCUGCAACUGCAGAUUCUCAGCCAGCAGAAGCACACACAGCAGAAUCACUCACACCAGCCCCAGUGUCCACAAAGCCAAAGCUUUAGCUAUCAGCCUGUACAGCAGCAUCUGUCAACCAAACACACAAGUGAACAGCAAACACCAUGCAGUUCCAGUGCUGCCACAAGUACAGAAAGCAGCAGUUGUUCAUCUCCUGUAAAGACCACAUACUGCAACACAUCCAACAUGACUCCAGUCAGACCAGGGCCUCUGCCUGCUAACCUUGAUGAUCUAAAGGUUUCUGAGCUUCGACAGCAACUGAGAAUACGAGGUCUCCCAGUGUCAGGCACCAAAACUGCCCUCAUAGAAAGGCUGAGGCCCUAUAAAGACUCUAGCUCCACUUCUCCCUCCAGCUCUGGAGAUAUCACUACUGUGACCUUCCCGGUGACCCCCACUGGCUUGCUCUCCUCCUACCAAUCCCCAAGUUCUUCUGGUACAAUGUCCCAUGUAGGGGGAUAUUACCCAUUCUGCAGUACUACAUCCACCCCACCCAUCUCUCCUGCCUCCUCUGAGCUGUCUGUAAGUGGUUCUCUUCCUGAUAGUUUUAGCGAUGUCACUAUGUCCUCUCCGCAGUUUGGCCUGCAGCCAUCACCAACUCAACUGAGUGCAGAAGACAACCAGAACUUACGUAACUGCCUGCAUGGUGAACCAGGUCUGGACACUGAGAAAGACAAGAUGUUGGUGGAGAAGCAGAAGGUGAUUGAGGAGUUGACCUGGAAAUUACACCAGGAACAAAGGCAGGUGGAGGAGCUACGGAUGCAAUUGCAUAAACGGAAGCACAGCCAUGGCCUACAAGAUCCAAUGCAUUUGCAGCCACCUAACCAGAUGCAGCACUACUUUGGUGUGUCUAUCAAACAGGAGCACGUGGCCUCAAGCUGUCCAAUGGCCUCCAAGCAGCAAAAGAAUGGGCCCCCAAACAGCUGCAUUGAGCCAAUGGGACAUUGUGGUCUAGGUGGUGGACUACGGAGCCUGGACAUUGCCUCCUCUAGAAGUCCUUCUGGUCUCCCUGCCUAUCUAAGCCCCCAGUGCUCUCCUCAAGACUCACCAGUGACCAAGAACUCAAGCAGCCCACAACCCAACAGUCUGCCUGCCUCUCCCAGUCAUUCAUUUCUGCUCACACCUCCCUUGGGUAGGGACAGCUGCCCUCACAGUGGAGCCAGGCCACAUCCAAUGCAGCUCCAGCAGAAGAAUGUUGCUCAGUCAGUGAGUUGCACCUAUUCACCUGACCAGAGAAGUAUGCAGCCAGUGUACCCAGGCAAUGAGAAUAACCUAAACCCCAGAGGGUCUUCUAAGGCCAAAACUCCAAACAUGCAGCAAAAGAUGGCAAUAUUACACUCUCCCAGGCACAUUGGCCAAAAGUGCGCCACCUCCACCACUACCUUCUGUAGCUCAGAUCCUACUGCAUCUGCCAUUAAACAGCCCCCAUGCUAUGAGGAUGCAGUGAAGCAGCAGAUGACCAGAAGUCAGCAAAUGGAUGAACUUCUUGAUGUCCUUAUUGAAAGUGGAGAAAUGCCAGCUAACGCCAAAGAAGAGAGGCCCCCUGUAACCAAAGUUGUACCUCACCUUACAGUUUCACCCAGCAAUACUGCCACCAGUGCCACGUCCAUGCCAAAGUUUCACCGCCACUACAGCCACAUUUCCCCUGCUGAGGUGCCAUAUGAACAUGCUACAGGGCACAGCGAGUGCCAACUGGAGGUGCUUCUAAGCCCCGUAAGCCGCCAUGGUGACAUCAUCCCUGUCAAGAUGGGCACUGAUGAGGGUCAGCUUGAGGACAUAGGAGACUCCUACCCAGGUCAUCAACAUGACAAGUUGCUCAGCAGCAGGGACAUGAUGGACACACCUCUGUCUCCCAUGGCCACCAAGGUCUCACCAGUGCCCACAGAUGGCCAAGGGCUUGGCAUGACAUUCUCUGAGUCACCAUGGGAAACCAUGGAGUGGUUGGACUUAACUCCUCCCAGCUCAGCCACAGCAUUCAGCAGCAGCAUCACUCCAUCAGCACCUAGUAUUUUCAACACAGAGUUCCUGGAUGUGAGUGACAUUGGACUGAACUCAGCUAUGGACCUGCAUCUUGAGCACUGGUGAAGCUGUUCAGGAAGCUCCAUUAGAUAAAACAAACAGCCAGGUAUAUAAUGAGCAGUAACACAAAGCACUUGUCAUCCAAAUUUUUUAAUGAUGUGGUUUUCCAAGAGACGCACAGACAACAACUACAGACUGACCUGUUAAAAUAUCAGUCGAUAUGUUCUUCCUAUAGUUAAAAACUAUUUUUAAACUCAGUUUAAAAAAGAAAGAAGCAGCUUGUACAGGUCCAAAACUUGAAAAUCCUUUGGACUUUAUAUAGUGGGAAAGAAUUACUGGAAAUAGUAGAAACCAAAUGAACCAAAUAAAUUCAAACUAAACAUCUAAAAUAAAUUCAACAGCAUUCGCAAAUCCAUUUGUAAAUAUUACACUACUGCUUCAAAAGUCUUUCCUGCAUGUGGGGUGUGGCGAAACACUUCUGAAGUGUUCACAAAAAAACAAAAAACAAAUCACCACCUCAUGUAUUGUAAUGUGCUAUUGUAAAUAUUCAUUAAUGCUCACACUGCACCUUGAGUAGUAUAGUACUUUGUCACAUUUGGCUUGACAUAUAUUUUCAGACAGCAUGUAAUUGUUCUAUCAUUUUGAUAUUUUCUGUAUCCAUCCCAAUUUUAUUUUUAUUUUAUUUUUAAAUCAUUUUAAUUUAUUUAAACAGCUUAGAUACAAUGUAGUUGUAUCAGAACAUAUCUUUAUCUAUAAUGUGAGAGUAUGUUUCAGUUGCAAGUCCUUGGACUAAAUACAGACAUGAACAAACAUGCCAAUAUUACAGUCGACGGAUAUAGGUCAGAACUUAAUGAAACGCCACCUUUCAUUUUUAUUCCCUUAAUAAAUGACUACAUAUAAAACUUUAUAGGCAUGUGGUACACAUCUUCAACAUGUUUUUCCUAUGUAAAAAUAUAUAGGCCUAAGAUUUACAUUUCACUCACUGCUUGCCCCUAUAUGAAAGAUUCCAUCUUUGAUGGCUGUUUGUAAUAUGACUAAUAAUAUUGACGCGUGACCCAUUUGCUAUCUUGGAAGACGUCACAUCUCAGAUGUAUUUAUUUGGACAUUUGGAUAUUUGCAUAGAUGUAUUUAUACAGAAGAUAUUUAUGAGACAUUCCUUUGUUUAGGAACAGGAUAGAGGAAAUGCAUAUAGCCACAGAAUAGAUUAAUGAAACUCAUGGUUGUUCUAGUAAAACCUGACUCCCCAGCUUUAUUUUUAUACAGAAUUGUAAAACAAGCUGUUUUAUUCUCCGAUGCAUACAAAUGGCCCAAACAUAAAUACAUUUAAUAAAAGAUAAUAUCCUGAAAAGACACUAUUAAGGAAAGUUUCAAAUGACACACUUGAACGUAAUUCUUUAAAGUCAUACAACUGGGGAAAUACAGUUACACAAAAUGCUUUGAUGCAUUUGUUUGUAAUUAGCAAUAAAAUGAAAGUUGGAAAGGCACAAAAACUUUUCAAAAAUAAUUGUAUAAUAUAGACAUACAGUGUAUUCUAUAAUAUUGUAUUUUUUUAUUAUUAUUAUUUUUGACAAUUCACCUGAGAAUUCAACUGCAAAUCAUGGUUAAAAUAUUCCAGUCAGAUUUAGACACUCUACAACCAGACAUAAAUACACUAUAGAUGAAAGUGUUAAUGUGGUGUUGUUUUUUUUAAUUUUGUUUCCCUUUCCUUGCUUCUCCAUGGUUAAGUCAGUGACAUAGCAAGUCAGGCUAAAUGUUCAGAUUGCACUAACAGCACUGUGAGCUAUUCUUGGUUCAAAUUUUUGUACUUUGUGUAACUAAAAGCUGAAAUUCCAAUUCUAAGUAAGCAAUUCAUUGACAAAUGAACCUUUUUUUUUAAAUCAGAACAGUGUUAAUGAAAGAGGAUCUUUUCAUUUUCUUCCCAGAAUGAAGUGUAUUAUACUGUGUAUUGUUUUACUGUGAACAUUUGCACCCACAGCAGGGCUGCCAGAUACGAGACCUGUGGACAUUUAUUUUUAUUAAUUCAACAGUAUUUUACGUGUGCACAAAAUAAUAAUAAUAAUAAUAAUAAUAAUAAUAAUGCAUCUUAAUGUAUUGUUAAACCUUGGUGUCUGAUUAGUGAGUGAGAAGAGAAAAAUCAAGUUUAACCAUUUAAACUGUGAACAGAGCAGAUUUGUGUCCUACAAAACAAUCGAAUGGAUUUGGUCAUAUUUAGAUCUUGAGAAUUUAAGCAAAAUCAUAAGUUCUCAAUUCCCACACCAGUGAAGCAUUUCUUUUGUAAACACUGCACACUAUCCUCAGAGUCCACCUCUUUUUUAAUCAUGUAAACUGUUUAAAUGUUUGAAUGGAAAAGACCAGCACGACGAUCAGAGCAUUCACACCGCAGCCUUGCGUCUAGUGCAUUUAACCUGCAUUUAGAACAUCUGUAGUAGAUGUUGUUUAAUGACUUCGACACAGAUCAUUCUACAUCGAUGUUUUGAGAGACCAAACUUUGGAAUAGAAGAUUGUAAUGAAAAUAUAUUGGAUUUAUAAAUAUAUGUCUAUACAUUUGUGUCUGGAGAAUUGUAUCACUAAGGAUUUUAUUUUUAACCCUGAACAAAUUCAUAACUAGACAAAGCACACCUUUUUUUUUUGGUCUGUUGUGCUGGAUUAAAAAACAUUUAAUGGCACGUUAUGCAUCAACCCCAGUCUUACCCCACACUACUCCUAGCCAACCAGAUAGGAGAGAAUUCCUUCAUUCCGUAGCAUCCGUCCAGUACACGACUGCUCUGUCUUUCAGAAGAAAACAAAUCUGUGUUGUUUUUGUCUUCAUUUUUUUCUCCUGAGGAAGAAAUAUUUAGAUGUGACAAAAAGCUUUUGUACUGCUUGGCCACUGAACAGCUUUACAAUGUAAACCGUCUCAGUAUGUCUCCACCACUGUACUAUUAAAACUUCAAUAAACACCAGCAAAUUCUAAAUUUCCAAAAGAAUGAA